GAUUACAAAUGUCGCAUCUGCUACGCGUCAUCUUUGUGCUGUUGUUGUUAUGCGUCUUGAUUCAGGCUAUCAAACAAAUGGACACAUGUCGUAUCAACUGUGACUAUUUGGUAAACAAAAAAAUGCGCAAGUUGUGCAUGGAACGGUGUGGAAUUCUGCUUUGAAUAAAAAUUAUCACUUUCAGUAUCCGCAGAAGUUUUAUACAUUACCCCCAUGAUUGUUAUCAUUUGACCGACCGAAUAUAUACAAGCCCAUUUUUGUGGAAUAAAAACCAGCUCUUAAGCAUUAGAUUGGCAAAGAGGUCUUCUAAUUUGAAACCUUCUCAGUUAUUGCAUAUGAUCUACUCAUUUUCUGGUAGUGUGUAAACCAUGCAACAAGCUACAAAU